AUGCGCGAGUUUGGUUGGCGCCUCAGGCAGCUUUGUGAAUUGGACCCCGCGGACGAGCACGUGGGUUACAACCACGAGGGGACGAUCUUCCUGAAAGUGCGGGAUCCCCAAAGCAGGCCCGAGCUUUACCCGUACAGCUUCGUGCUGGCGACUCUGCUGCACGAGCUGACCCACCUCUCCUAUGAAGGCCACGGCAAGGCCUUUUACAGACGUUUGGUGCUGGCCUCCGUCGCAUGUGGGGCCGAUGCCAGCAUCCGACGAGAGGUCCACAUUCAUGUCUGCUCCGAGCUGCUGAAUGCCGUCUGUGAGAACGAUGCCGGCCGUGCACGAGCUUUGCUGGCAGUCUUGCCCGAGGCAGCCAGUUGCCGGCCGUUGAACGGAGGGCAAUUCCCACUCGAGUACGCGGCACAUCAUGGUCGAGUGGCGUUGACAAAGCUGCUCUUGCAGGCACGGGCGGAUCCCAACGUUUACGGGCAGAAGGUUGGGAUGCCCCCAGUGGCACGUGCCGCUGCACAGGGCAAUGUGAAGACUGUCCGUCUGCUGCUACAAGCCGGCGCUCGUGGGGCUGCGUGGCUCCCACCGGACUUGCAGCGAGUGCAACGCAGCAAAUCCAGCGACUAUUUGGAGAAGGAG